CCCGUGUGUGUGCCUUUGCCUGUGAGUGAAAGAGAACGGGAGGUGGAAACUGUCGGAGACAAGAGGACGUGAUACAGAUGCGCAAGAAACUCGUGCUGUGAUCUUCUUUUAUUUUACUCUUUAACAUAGGCCUAUGUGUUUUAGAACAAGCUUAUUGACACACAAGAUCAUUACUAAAGUUAAUGGCUGUAUGAUUGCCUUCCCGAGGGCAAUUUAUAGAAGCAAGGAAGAGGAAGAUAACCCCUAUCGCUAGUUCUACGUUUCUUUAGGUCUCGUUUUUAUUUUCCUAACGGACCGAUUGAAAUACCCAUUGUACAUAACAGGACGACGGCUGGACCAAAGAGCUGUGAGAGAUAAAGGGGGCGAUGAUGACGGGAAAAUCUGUGAAAGACAUUGACAGGUAUCAGGCUGUUCUCACAUCGCUACUAUCAUUAGAGGAGAAUAAAUUCUGCGCAGAUUGUGAAGCGAAAGGUCCUAGAUGGGCAUCCUGGAAUCUGGGAAUCUUCAUCUGCAUCCGCUGUGCAGGGAUCCACAGGAAUCUGGGAGUCCACAUCUCCCGGGUCAAAUCUGUCAACCUCGACCAGUGGACCCAGGAGCAGAUCCAGUGUGUCCAGGAGAUGGGCAAUGCCAAGGCUAGACGGCUCUACGAGGCUUUCCUUCCAGAAUGCUUCCAGCGCCCUGAGACAGACCAGUCUGCAGAGAUCUUCAUCAGGGACAAGUACGAUAAGAAGAAAUACAUGGACAAGGUCAUCGACAUCCAAAGGCUACGGAAAGAGAAAAGUUGUGACAACAUUCCUAAGGAGCCCGUGGUGUUUGAGAAGAUGAAGCCGAAGAGAGACGACUCUCAGCAGAUGAAGAACAGCCCCCAGUCCCAGUCCGUCUCUGACCUGCUAGGACUGGAUGCCCCAGGCCCUGAUGCAGCCGUAUCUAAUGGGUUUGGUGCUCCAGGAGAGAGGCCCAGUCCUGUGGUGGCCAGACCAGCGAUGCCCCACUCGCACACCACGGUGGAUCUGUUCACCUCCUCCUCAGCCUCCUCCACCAACAGCACGCCCAUGUGCAGCUCCAUGCCCCAGGGCCGUGUGGCAGCAUCUGUCCCCGAGAACCUCAGCCUGUUCCUGGACCCAGCACCCAGGCCAGGGGAGGGGACCAAGAAGCUCUCCAAGGACUCCAUCCUGUCCCUGUAUGCAUCCACGCCCUCAGUACACACCAGCAACAUGGCCGCCCACGCUGGCCUUUACAUGAAUCACGCCCAAAUGGGUUAUACCACCUCUCCCUACGGACCGUACCAUUCUUUGGCUGCCCAGAGAGGGGGGAUGGGAGGAGCCAUGAUGGGCCCUCAAAUGUCCCUAAUGGGAAGUCAGCAGAACUGCAUGAUGGGACCCCAACAGAACGGCAUCAUGGGAGCACAGGGGGUCAUGGGGCAGGCCAGUGGGGUCCCUCCUACUUCCUACAUGGCAGGAAUGCCUCAAGGCAUGAUGGGAGGUCAGCCCAACGGCAUGAUGGGAGGUCAGCCCAACGGCAUGAUGGGAGGUCAGCCCAACGGCAUGAUGGGACAGCAGCAGAUGGGAAGUGCAGCCGCCGGGCCCCAACAGGUGUAUGGAGCACAGCAGGCUCAGCAGCUGCAGUGGAACAUCACCCAGAUGACGCAACACAUGGCAGGAAUGAACUUCUACAGACCCAGCGGCAUGGUGGGAUACGGCACUCAGCAUAUGGGAGGAGCAACGACUCCAAGCUCCGCCCACACGAUGGGGUCACAUGUCUGGAAAUGAUGUCGACGUAACGGCGGAACGACCAGUGUUGGUGGCCGGGAGAUUUCUCUACUGAACUCUAUGUGACAUUUUCUAAAAGCAGAACAGCAAGAGGAGCAGGAGGAGAAGAUCCCGUAGAGGGGUUUGGAGACGACCACUCUCUCUCCUCUCCCCUUUCUCCUUCCUCUUCCUCUCCUUUUUCUCCAUAGCCAUUUUUGCAGAUUUCCAUGCUUGCCUUCUAAGACCACUCAGAGAGCAGUUGUCAGAUCAUCAGGGCGGAGGGCGGAGGCCGACACGUGGGGAACACAGCGUACAGCUCAUCUUAUUCCCAGCCUGUGUGUGUGCCUGUGUGAACAGGGUCAUGAAAGGUUCAAACGCCUAGUUGCAAACCACAUGUACUUCCUGCAUCCCCCCCUGAUUCCGACUCCGGAUUCCAUCGGUAUCAGGAAGUAUUUUGUCUCUGCAAAUCUCAGAACAACAAAACAUGUCUGCCACAGUUUGCAUUCGUUUUUUUGUUGCCGAUAGCAAUCAUACAAUGCAUAGAUCUGGUCUGUUACUUAUGUAACUAGAGACAUAGAGCAGCUACAGUACAACAGCUACCUAGAUACCCGUGAAUUUUAUAACAAGGGGUCUUCUAUUGAAAUCCUUGGAGGGCUCUGGUGAACAUGGUAACAUCAUCAAGGUGUCAAAUGACCUUUGAGUAACCUAGCUGUUAGGAAACCAAAGAUUCAAAGAUAGCUUUACGGUUAUUGUACCCCUCCGUGUAAUGUGAGUUACAUCUAUAUACGUAGGUAUGUUAAGGUCAACAUACUAGUAGUGAUUAGAAAAAGUGCUGUUCACGUAUUCACGAUUUUGUUUGAGCAAGUGCAAUACAUAUCCAUUGAUUUGUAAGAGAAGCGAUACGUGCUUCACUUAUUUGAUAGCAUUAACAAGUGUGCUAGCGGUUCUCUUUUUGUGAUCAGCUCUGCGUAAGUGCAGAGUGAGUGGUGGAACAUAUCAAUUCAUUGUGCUACUUCCUCGAGGGAGCUCAAAUGUUAACUUGAGCUUAAUUGCAUGCAAGUCUUCACUGUCAAAUAAAAAUAGAUUUUUUAAACGCCCCACUGACCUCAAGCUAGAAAUUAUGAAUAUGAUGUUUAAGGAACGAGAGAAGAGCAGAAUUCGUUGCAGGUCAAAGAUGUGAUUCAGGUGUCAUUUGUAAUGUAAUGGCUCAUUGGAACUGCAUGUCAUGACGGUUUCUCAAUGAAUGUGACCCUUAUGUCAAUGAAUGUGUACACAAGCAUUUGUCUGUGAAUAAGUGUGGGUGUCUAAGCGCACCGUUUGAAUGUUUCUCUGAAUGUAUAUCUGAAUGUUUCCCUGUCUCACUGAAUGUGUUCUAUACUGAUUUUAAAAAUCUAAUCCCACAAUGCACCCUUUCUUCC